AUGGUUUUGCCGAUGAAUACAGGUGCAGAAGGUGUAGAAACAGCUUUGAAACUAGCAAGAAAAUGGGGCUAUCUUAAGAAAAAAAUUCCAAGAGAUGAGGCCAUAAUUGUUUCUUGCUGUGGCUGCUUUCACGGUCGAACAUUAGCUGCUAUUUCUAUGAGCUGUGAUAAUGAGGCAACACGUGGCUUUUGGCCUUUGUUGCAAGGCCACGUCAAAGUUGAUUUUGGUGAUAGUGCAGCACUUGAGACAGUAUUUAAAGAGAAAGGGGACAAAAUUGCUGGUUUUCUGUUCGAGCCUAUUCAGGGGGAGGCAGGGGUAAUUAUUCCACCUGAUGGUUAUUUGCAAGCUGUAAGAGAACUUUGCUCGAAAUAUAAUGUUCUAAUGAUUGCUGAUGAAAUACAAAGUGGGUUAGCACGUUCCGGAAGAAUCUUGGCUUGUGACUGGGAAAACGUUCGCCCUGACAUUGUAAUACUGGGAAAAGCACUUGGUGGUGGAGUAUUGCCUGUUAGUGCAAUUCUUUCAGACAAAGAUGUUAUGCUCUGUAUACAGCCCGGAGAACAUGGGAGCACUUUUGGAGGGAACCCUUUGGCCAGUGCAGUUGCCAUUGCAUCACUAGACGUGAUCAUAAACGAGAAACUUGCCGAAAGAUCCGACCAACUCGGAGAAGAACUCAGGCGACAACUCAUGAGGAUACAAAAGCAAUUUCCUGAGCUCGUAAAGGAGGUAAGAGGUAAAGGAUUGUUCAAUGCUGUGGAGCUCAACGGGAAAGCCUUGGCACCCGUGACCGCAUAUGAUAUAUGCCUCAAGCUCAAAGAGAGAGGGAUUCUUGCUAAACCGACACAUAAUUCUAUUGUUCGUUUAACCCCUCCUCUAACAAUAAGCCUGGAUGAGCUUCAAGAAGGCUCAAAAGCACUACACGAUGUGUUGGAACACGAUCUCUCGAAGAUGAAGAAAGAGAAGCCAAAUGCACCGUCUCACGAUACGGAUUCAAAUGCAUGCGACCGAUGUGGGCGUAACCUGUACGACUCUUCUUAA